AUGCAUCUCACAAUGAUUCAAUCAGAUACGAGCACCCAUGGUGAUUUGCCUGAAAGCACAGAGAGACGAACUGUAAUUCCACCUGCACCAGAAGGCACCUCCAAGAGGCAAUGGAAGAAAGCGCUGAAAAGACAGUAUCAUAAGGAUAACAAGGAAGAAUACGCCAAGGUGCGGAAAAUGAAGCGAAAGAUGGCCAAAAUUAACAGACGCAACAGAAUCCAAGAAUAUGUUGAACGUGGAGAAGAGAUUCCGGAAGAAUUGAAGAGACCACCGAAAGUAAAUGUCGAUCAGAAAAUGUCCGGUAUUAAGAUUAUUCUGGACUGUUCAUUCGACGAACUGAUGAAUCAAAAAGAAAUUAUCAGUCUUUCGAAUCAAAUCACAAGAGCUUAUUCUUCAAAUCGGCGGGAAAAAUAUGCUGCUGAUAUAGUAGUCGCGCCUUUUGAUAAAAGAUUGAAAAAAAGAUUCGAAGAGGAUCUGACAAACUGCCGUCACGAUCAAUGGAACAACUUUAAGUUUUUACCAGAUGAAGAUAUUCUUGCUGCAAACUCGCUGGAUCCCUCCAAGAUGAUAUAUCUCACUGCAGAUACCGAUGAAAAACUCGAAGCUCUAGAAGAAGGAAUGACCUACGUAGUCGGUGGUAUAGUCGACAAAAAUAGACACAAGCUUCUUUGCUACAAUAAGGCCAAAAAAUUAGGUAUACCUGCAAGGCGAUUACCCUUGGAUGAAUAUAUCAAUCUUGCAGGUAGAAGGGUCUUAACUACGACUCAUGUAGUGCAGCUGAUGCUUAAGUAUUUCGAGAAUCAUGAUUGGAAAGAGGCAUUCGAAUACGUCUUGCCACCAAGAAAAUUAGAUAAACUGCAGCACGAUGACACUGCAAACGACGAAGAAAGCGAUGGUGAUGAGCGUGGCGCAGAGAAUGUAGCACAGGAUGGUGAAAGUAGUGAAGCAGAAGAGAGAGACAGAAACUCCCAGUAG